GUAUGUGCUUAGAAAGUGAAAGUGUAGGUAGCGGCCGGCCGGCACAGUUUCUCAGCAAGAAAGCCAUGAGACUACAGAAAUCAUUGUUCUGGGGACUCUCAUACUCUUGCAGCCUAAGUGCAAGAACUGCAUUAUGUCUUUCCCAAGAUGUGAGUCUGAUUGGACGGCUGUCAUCAAGGGUAUCCCACAGUAAUGCAACAACAAGACCAAUGGCUUUAUCUGAUCAAUAUAAUACAUUACAAAGCAGUGAUGUUUAUGACAGAAAACCAGGGUGUAGUCAGUGUUACAGAUUCAAACACCCUUUGUUGCUGAAUUUAAACAAUUCUUCCAAAGUUUGCAGCAACUUCUCAUGGUCUUUACAUAAAGACCGAUUGACUCAAUCAAGAUUUCUAAGGAAUAGUAAACCAUGUCGUUAUAACAUCCAUUCAUCGCGAAACUCGGAUCUGUUACACACAAAAAAAUUGAUGGACCCUUCUAUACGCUGCCUGACUCUAUCUCCUAAAGGUAUUCUGGAUGCUUCCCCAAAGAGAAUUCAACCAUAUUUAAGGCUUAUCAGAUUUGAUAAACCUAUAGGUACUUUAUUGUUAUACUGGCCCUGUACAUGGAGCAUUGCAAUGGCUGCGACCCCAGGUCACAUUCCUGAUCUUUGGCUGUUGACAUUAUUUGGGACAGGUGCUUUCUUUAUGAGAGGGGCUGGUUGUAUCAUAAAUGACAUGUGGGACAGAGACUUUGAUAAGAAGGUGGAAAGAACAAAAUGUCGUCCCCUAACUAGUGGUGAGCUGAGCAUGUUCCAGGGCCUGGUCUGUUUAGGAGGAAUGCUAUCUGUGUCUCUGGCAAUACUUUGUCAACUAAAUAUGUUCAGUAUCAUACUAGGGGCAUCUUCAAUGAUUCCAGUGAUUUUGUAUCCACUAGCCAAGAGGUUCACCUACUGGCCUCAAGCAAUGCUGGGCUUGACCUUCAAUUUUGGAGCCCUGUUAGGCUGGGCUGCUGUACAGGGCUCUGUUGACCUGUCCGUGGUGCUGCCUCUGUAUUCGAGUUGUUUUGCUUGGACACUCUUCUAUGACACCAUUUAUGCUCAUCAAGAUAAAUAUGAUGACAUGCUGAUUGGCAUUAAGUCUACAGCUUUGAAGUUUGGUGACCAGAGUAAAUACUGGUUGUCAGGAUUCGCUACCACAAUGGUGGGUGGACUGGUGACUACAGGGGUCAUGUGUGAUCAAACUUGGCCAUACUUCACAGCAGUGGCCUGUACUUGUGGUCAUCUCUUCCACCAGGUUUGGUCAGUUGACCUGGAAAACGCAGAUGAUUGUGCGACGAAAUUUCGCUCCAACUCAAAACUUGGAUUCCUGAUGUUCAUAGGGGUUACAAUAGGAACGCUGAUGAAAGCAACAGAAGGGGAAGAUGAGAAAGAAAAGAAGAAUUGAAGAUGGCAUUAUUUCUCAGGAGCAAACAUAUUUGAUUGAUUUAAGACAUUACAAGGAAACAAACAAACAAAAAAAAGGAGGUCCAUGGUUUUAAUAGUAAAAAAUAAUCAGAUUAUAAAGAUCUUUACAUAAUGGCAGUAGUAGGAAUGUAAAGACUGAAACAGUUCAAAUUCAGAAUAUUUUAGCAGUGAAGACAUGUAAGAGGCCCAAUGGGCCUGAAAUGUUCACCUUUUCUACAGCUUACAAAGAAAACUGUGUCAGUUCAUGAAGCUAAUUUUCUGCAAACUUGAAAUCUCUUUCCAAAAGCAUGCUUCUACACAAAUACCAUGACCAACAACCUAUUGCUUCUUGAAAGAAGAAAUUUUAGGCUUUUGAUGCACUUGAUCCAUGUGAUCAAGAUCAAAUCAUUUGAUAAACAAAGUAGGCUUCAUUAAGCCUUUGGGUAUUUUCACAUUUUCCCCUGUGGACUUUGAAAGGUCAAUGUGAGAAGUUGUUCAAAGAUUUUAAGAGAGACAGAGAGAGAGAGAGGGA